UGUGUAGUAUUCUGGCUAAUAGAAAUCAAGUCAAGGAAAAUUAUGAAGUGGUCACAAACACGAUCAUUAAUACAAAUAGGUCUUGACACUUGUCGAAAGCAUAGAAAAGACCGUCCAAAAGUUGAGUUACAAAAAUCAACAUAAAAGAUAAAAAGGUUCAAGUUCUGCGUGCGUGACAUACUAUGAAUGCUCAGACAGAGACACUCAACUCAUAUCUCACAAGAACUUUGUUAUCUUCCAUAUUGAUUUUUUAUGACUCAAUUUUCGAACGGUUUUCCCUAGCUAGUAUCGAGAUCGGCUUAUAAAAUUUAGGAAAUUCUGAGACACUACAAAGUAGAAAACUAUUAUUCCGAAAAUUGAAAAAUCUGAAAUAUAUAUGUUGUUAGAUUGAGCAAAUAUAUUUGUUACCAAUUAACACGGUUGUGUCAACACAGAUGGACAAUUUAGCGCUUCAAGAGGGACAUUUAUACAGACCUUUCUUCUGAAUACUGAACGCGCAGCAGACCUACAGUUCUCUGCAUUAAAAAAACAAUGUUGAGAAUUCUGAUGAAUUUAUCGGUGAUUGAACUAGAAAUUUCUUUUGCUCAUUGAAAUACAUAACGAAACAUGGGAAAUUACGUGAGAAAAAUUGCAUCGAUGUCAAAUAAUGCAGUGCACUCCGUAUACCGUGGUCGUAAGCGAAAGUGCAUCGAGGAAGAUGAUUUUGAUUCUGAAUCGGAUUACAUCGAUCGGACGCUUCAAACACCGAAAAAAAGGAAAUUGCUGACAACAGCACAAUACAUUUACAAAACCUUGUUCCAAGAAGAAAAAGGAAGUGAUAUAACUGUGCUCAUGUUGGGCAAAGCAUGGAGGUUGCAUAAAGUUUAUAUUAGUCAGAGUCCGUAUUUUGCAAGUAUGUUUUCAGGAUCUUGGAGAGAAGCAAAUGAGACAGUUAUAAGUGUAGAGAUUGCUGAUCCUAACAUUACAUUGGAUUCUCUUUUGACAGUCUUUGGUUCCUUUUACCAGGAUGAAGUCAGUUUAGAACCGAAAGAGGUCAUACCAAUUUUGGCUACCUCUACAUUAUUUCAAUUACAAGGAUUAAUUGACCAAUGUACAGAUAUUAUGGUAGAGACAACGAAUAUAAAAACAGUCGUUCCUUAUUAUAAUGCUGCUGUAUCUUAUGGUGUGCCAGUUGUAAAAACUGCAGCAAAACGGUGGUUAGAAGUAAAUCUCUUAGGAUAUGGAUGGUUACAUCCUACCUUUUUAAAAGAAAUUACACCUGAUUUGAUGAUUGAAUUAAUUGCUAGUCCUGAUUUAAUUGCUAUGCAAACAGAAUUUUGCAUAUACAUGAUGUUACGUGUAUGGCUAUUUGUUCAUGUACAUAAUAAAGAGGAAACACUUCAAAUUGAUGAAUAUUUUAGAAAUCAUAAAUGGACAAAACCAUUCCUUACAACAGAAGAAGGCAAAGAAUUUGCAGCACCUUUUAAAGCCCUGAGAAUGAAAUAUCUUUUACUUCACGAUCAAGAUGUAAAGAUUUUAUAUAGUGACAACUUAAUACCACAUGAGUGGUUACAUAAUGCAUAUAAAGAACAAUGGUUACAUUUACUAAGAAUAGAUGCGAAUAAAGAUCGAGGACCAAAACAAAUGAGUGAAGAAGAGUUUGCUCGUGAAUGUUUCCGUUGUGGAAGGUGCAUUGAAAAAGCUGGCGAGCAUAUUUGGAGAUGGACAGCAUUUCAUUUUGGAUUAGAUUUGGUGGUGUGCUUGGAUAGUACUACUUUGAGGAUUAAGAGAAAUCAUAGAUUAGAUACAGAUCAUAUAAAAGUUAAUCAUAGCAAGCACAAAAUAAUUUUAAAAGUAACUCUAAUUUCAUUGGACGAACAACGUCAAGUAAAACACAUUCAGAGUUCGGGUAUGCUUAGGUUGUCACUCCAUAAGAACGAAGAAAAACAAGUGAUGUCUCUGGAUAAACAACUUACUUAUCCUUUAUAUGUAUCAGUCAACAUGCAAGUAGUUACUCCAUUUGUAUCAAAGGAAGAGAAAAAAUCAGCUGAUAUAAUUACCUUCUCGGAUACUUAGCAUACUGAACAUUCAACGUUUUCGAAACAUUCGAACUGAAUCCGACGUACGCUUACCUCGGAUAACAAACCGGCUGUUCCAAUUUAUAAUACUUGAGUACGAUUAAGUGCUUUACAUUUUGUUACUCACCCACGUGACUUUUAUAUUGUGGAUACGCUAAUUUCUGAUUAAAAUUUUUAUAAAUUCAAGUGCUUCUAGUCGACUAAAUGAAAUUACGAUGUUAGUAUAUGUAUACGAAGAAAGUUUCAUUCUUCUGUUUUGUACUUUCCAGAUAUAUUAUAAUUCAGAUACUUAUCUUUUCUUAUGUGAAAUUGCACUUAUUACUUAUAAAAAAAUAUUAAGACUAUUAUUAAAAAAUGUAGCUUAAUUUUCAGGUGAUGUCAAUCAUGAGAAUUUUAUUUUUACUAAUUUCAAGUAAUUAAAUGUUAAAUUUUCUGAAAAGAAAAUUGUCAUACGAAAUACCACAGUAUUAGAUAUUUGUUUCACACUGGCACUUACGCAUUUAUAUAUUUAUAUGCCAUGAUGACACUAGUAACAAAAUAGGCUAAUUUUCCAAUUGAUAAUUUUAUACAUUCAUAGUAAAAAUAAAGAUGUAAUUGUGUAAGUUAAUUCAUAAACACACUGAUAGAGUACCUCUGUGUCUUCCGGACAGUUAUCGAAACAUCGACCUUCGUGCCUUAUGAAUGCCAAUUUAAAAGUAAAAGUGAAUAUUACUAUAAACAAAUGGAAAUAUUGUUUUUAUUGCUAACAGAAGUUUUUAUACAAAAUUUUUUACUAUUUGAAAGCUAUUACUGCAGUGUUAAGAACAUUUCCGAUCUAAAAGAUAGGUAAAUAAUGUUCCUUCAGUUUUGCAAAUAAUCUAUAUGUGUAUGGUGCUAUUAUCUAAUAUGCGCGAAAUUUUACUUUUUACUUAUUAUUAUUAUCCCUUAUUAUAUAUUACAGAGAUUAUUACAUAAAAACUACUUAGUUCAGCAUUCAAGAUUUUUUUACAUUUAAUAUGCAUUAUUUGCUUUAGGUUAACUUCUCGAUACGGGAAAAUAUGAUGUGUUUUAUAUAGCAUCAUCAAAUAUUAUAAUUUAUUACUUACCUUUUUUAGCGAAUCACACAUAUAAUUUUGUGAUUGCUUAAUUACUUUGUUAUAGCAACGAUAAAUUUUGAAAGUAUAUGAAUGUACAACAAUUUAUAUAAAAUCGUAUUGCGCGAUAAGGCAGUUUCUUUGUCUUAUUAAUUAAUUAUAAACGAAGGUCAUAUAAGUCAAUGAUACAUCACGAAAGAAAAUAUCAUUUAUUUCUGUAUAUUAACAUUGGAAUCGUCAAUUAAUAAAUUAAUUAACUUGCAAGGUUUCCGAUAUAUGAAGUAUAAUUUUGAUUCCGUCUCUUUGGUUUUUUUCGUAACCAUUCAACACUUUAUUGGCAGAAUAUUUUCUGUACAUAGUGAUGGAUGUGUAUAAUGCAAUAUUAAUAGAAUAUGAUUAUGCCGAAAUAGUACAAUUAACAUUGUCUUGACAAUAGUAAUGGUAGUUGACCUAGUACGUUUUAUUAAUUAAAUGUAUUCAUAAUAUUAACAUAAAAUAUUCAAAUCGGUGAUACCAUUUAAACGAUGUAUUUUUCUGUUCUUUUCUCUUUUGUUUACUUUUUUCGAUAUGCUUGUAUAAGGGAGGCAGUGUCGCCAGUAGUUUUAUUUCAUUGUGAAAUAUGAUGAAUGAUUAUCGGCGAAUGAUAUGUAUGAAAAUUAAUUAAAACGUAUUAUGCAAGUAGUUACCCGGAAAAACAGUUUCGUUACAUUCCGCUCGAUGUUAGAUGAAAUUUCUAUAAUGUACCACAGGCACACUAGAAGGAAAAAAGACACUAAGAAAAAAUGUUAUUAAUGUUUAUCUUUAUUCAUUGUAGAACGUGACAGUUUCCUAUGGUCAUCGUUGAUCACGAUACAUUUAGAGAAGUAUAGCGAGAAAAGAUUUCAUUCAUGUUUUGCCUGUAGACACAUCACAAAAUACAUAUAUACUCGCGCAUUUCUUUGUUUAUUAUGGUUACCGCUAUUAUUUUUUUUUCUGUGAUAGACUGUAUCAGUUUUACAUGCACUAAGUUAGAGCAAUUCGCGACAAACUUCUAAUCUUUCGAAUCAGACUCUGAAAUUGUCUAAACAACUAUGUGAUUAUAUUAUCUUUUGUAUCACAUCUACAUUCGAAUCUUAAGUAAAAAUAAAAAAGCCUACAGCAUCACUAGGCAUUUUUAAGAUAUAAUGUUCAACUUUUAAUUUUCUAAAAGAACCAAUCAAUCGACUAGUCUAUGUAAUUGAGCGGAACAUAACGAAAUACAUAUGUAUAUAUUUCUAACUGUCCUUAUCAUUUAUUCUGUCCUUUAUCUGUGGCUGUCUGUCUUGUUCUUAUCUAUUGCUCCAGGUCUAUCAAUGAAAUCAAUGAAAAGACAUGCAUUUGUCGUGUAUUAUGUAUAUCGGAUGUAAGAAAAAGAAAUAGAAUCGUCGUAGAGUACAGAAUUAAAUUUUCCAGUGAAAAUUCUUCUGGCAAUUCUUUUGAGACAAUUUGCGAUUUGUAUGAAGAUACUACAAAGUACAUGUAAGUACUUUCAAGCAAAUAUAUAGUAAAACCAUGUUUUCGUGCUGUUUUAUCUGUCAACCGCAGUCCAAAAUGAAACGAAAUCGAAACCAUGAUUAUCAAGCCUAUUUGUACCCGAAGUCUAUAUUUGCUACUAUUUUCGAAUACUUUUCCGUCUCUUAAGAUGUCAAAAUGUUCGUCGUCGUUUCUUCAUGUCCUUUCUACUAAGGUCAUCUGUAUUUUACUUUGACCAGUACUCAAUAAUAACAAGAAAAACAUGAAUUAAUAAUAGCAAUAAUACGAUAAUAUUAAUAACGAUGGUGAUGAUAUUGAUUAGUUUAGUAACAUUAGUUAGUAGUAGCAGUUAAUAGCUGUAGUACUGAUGGUGCUGGUAGUAAUUAGCAACCGUACUAAUAAUGUAACCAUGGUGAUGAUAUGACACAGUGACAACAGCGGUAGCGGGGAUUAAUUACAUACGUACUGCGGUGAGACAUAUGUGUGUUCGUUUUUAUUAUAUUUUUAUUAUUCUUUUUCGUUUGUUUCUUUCAAUAAGCGUUCUACUUUACCCUCUACUUUCUCCAUAGACGAUAGUUUCUACAUUUUCAUUACAGUUUUCGUUUACGACUUUUGUAUUUUUCCUGUGUUAUUUUUUGGUUUUCUGUCCAUGCUCUUUUUUUGUUUUAAUUUACUGAUUUCUUAUUAGUUGACUACGGUUGAAGAAGUAGCAACGUUUCACUUCUUAAUCGAACUAUAAUAUCAUAACAUCUUUUAAUAAUUUUUUAGCGUUUCUUUGACGCGAAUUGUAUACGUAUACACGCACACACACACACACGCAGUCGCGUGUACACACAACGAACGCGCAUUUACCAUACACGCACACAUACGCACAUCAAUAUAUAUUUCUUUUUCUUUGUUUCGCGAGCCUCCGCUACCGUCUAUCGUUUUACACAGCA